UUCCCACGCGGGCAUUCGCCCAAUUGUCAUCCCGUCGCAAGCCUUUGCCUUUAGAAGCCUCGAUUUUCCAAAAUAUUGGAAAAUUUUGUGCGAAGCCAACAGAAACCCUGAAACCCCACAAUUAAGUUCCUUAAACCUCUUUCCAUCACCUUCGCCGAGUCCCUUGUUUCUACGGCAGCAAGAAAUUGAAGCAAAGUUACUCAAAAAAUGGGCGAACCACUUGACGACAAGGAGGAGGAGAAGCAGAAAGAGCAUGAGCAACAGGAGCAGCAAAGCCCAGCAAAUUGUUCUAACUCUGACUCAAAAAAGAAGAGAAAACGGAAAGAAGUCGCCAUCUUUGGCAACUACAGACACUACUAUGGCUAUCGAAUAAGUCAGGAUUUGGACGAGGAUCCAAGAUUAAAGGUCAUGAAGAAAGAAUGGUUUGAAGGCAAGGAUUGUCUGGAUAUUGGCUGUAAUAGUGGCAUCAUCACGAUAACCAUUGCAAAGAAGUUUUCUUGCCGCAGUAUCCUUGGAGUUGAUAUUGAUCGUGCUCGAAUCGAUGAUGCACAUUGGAGCCUGAAGAAAAUCAUGAAAAGGAGUUUUAAUAUGCAGGGGGAGAAAGUAAAUCAAUCCAAGAAAUGUGCAACUGAGUUGCAAAGUGAACUGCAAAGGGACUUUUCUGGGAAUUCUGGAGGAGAUUUGUCUGACAUAGUGUCUUUUCAGAAAGGAAAUUUUGUUCAGAGUUGGCAUCCACCUGAGAAUACAUAUUAUCAUGCAAUUCUUUGCUUAAGUGUAACAAAGUGGAUUCAUCUAAACUGGGGUGAUGAUGGGUUACUUGCAUUAUUUUCGAAAGUCUGGAUGCUCCUUCAGCCGGGUGGUGUUUUUAUCCUCGAACCCCAACCAUGGAUCUCAUAUUCUAAGAAUCGUCUAGUGUCCCAGACUGCAUCAGAUAAUUAUCAGAAUAUGAAGAUAGGUCCAGAAGAUUUCCAGGAUAUUCUUCUUGACAAGAUUGGAUUUCGGAGCGUGGAAAAUAUUACCUCUAGCUUACCUAAUAGCAAGAGUGGAUUUAACAGACCAAUUUUGGCAUUCUGGAAAUGAAUCUUGUAAGAAUGCAUUUUCAGUUUCCAGUAAGCAAGUAAUGUUCAAAAAUAGGUUGUGAAGAUGCCUUGUAAUUACAGUGCAUAUGAGGGACGGAGAAGCACAGUGAAAAGCGAUUAUUAUCUCA